GUGAAUGAGGGCGGCGGCGGCGGCUGCGAGCGCCUGACUCGGCCGGGCCCGAGCCCCGCGCGCGCGCCCCCCGCCCCGCCGGCUCCAUGGACGCGCCGCGCGCCUCGGCGGCCAAGCCCCCCACCGGGAGGAAGAUGAAGGCUCGCGCUCCCCCUCCUCCUGGAAAGCCCGCCACCCAGAAUGCACAAGGUGGGCAGAUGCCUCGCCGAGAUGUGUCCCCUGGCCCUUCGCAGAGCCUGCUGCACGUUAAGGAGAACCUGGAGAACAGCUCGGUGGCCGUCACCGUGGUCCUGCCCAGCGGGCUGGAGAAAAAGAGCGUGGUCAGCGGCAGCCACGCAAUGAUGGACCUACUGGUUGAACUUUGCCUUCAGAACCACCUGAAUCCAUCCCACCAUGCCCUUGAGAUCCGGUCUUCGGAAACCCAACAGCCUUUGAGUUUUAAGCCAAAUACUUUAGUUGGGACCCUGAAUGUGCACACUGUAUUUCUCAAAGAGAAAGUUCCUGAAGAGAAGGUUAAGCCUGGCCCACCUAAGGCACCUGAGAAAUCUGUGCGCUUGGUAGUGAACUACCUGCGAACACAAAAGGCUGUGGUGCGUGUGAGCCCCGAGGUACCGCUCCAGAACCUUCUCCCGGUCAUCUGUGCCAAGUGUGAAGUCAGCCCCGAGCACGUGGUGCUCCUCAGGGACAACGUCGCGGGGGAGGAGCUGGAGUUGUCCAAGUCCCUGAACGAGCUGGGGAUCAAGGAACUUUACGCGUGGGACAACAAACGAGAAACCUUUAGAAAAUCAUCGCUUGGCAACGACGAGACAGAUAGAGAGAAGAAAAAGUUUCUGGGAUUUUUCAAAGUUAAUAAAAGGAGCAGUAGUAAGGCCGAGCAGAUCGGGCGGUCCGGGGUGGACAGCGAUGGGGACACGUCACAGCCUGCUUUGGGAAGGGGCUCGAACGGCUGCCUCACCACGCCCAACUCCCCGGCGGUGAAUCCGCGGUCCGUGCCGUUGGGUCCAUCCCUGUCGCUCAGCAACAUCUCGGGGGUGUCUGUGAAGUCGGACAUGAAGAAGCGCCGGGCCCCGCCCCCUCCAGCCCUGCCUGGCAUGGGGCCACCAGCGCAGGACAGGGUCUCUGAAAAGGUGUCUCUGGGGUCACAGGUAGACAUGCAGAAGAAGAAGAGGCGGGCGCCAGCGCCGCCGCCGCCACAGCCCCCGCCGCCGAGCCCCCUGGUGCCCCCUCGCACUCAGGACCAGGAGGAGAAGAGGAAGAGCACCACGGGUGUUGGACGACGGCAGGUGCCACAAAAGCCUCCCCGAGGCACUGCUCGGGGGCCCCCCCAGUUAGUGCUCCCCCCGCCCCCGCCCUGCCCUCCUCCGGACACAGAUGUGGAAGAGCCUCUCGGCUUUCCUGGGGAAAGUGCUGGUUCCGAGGCUCCCGACCCAAGACCCACACUGAGCCUGCCCCUGGGGCCCGGCAGUCCCUGCGGCUCGGACAGGGCCCCACCCAUGCCGUCCGAGGCCGAGGAGACUGUGUCUGUCGGCAGCUGUUUCGCCUCCGAAGACACAACCGAAGACUCAGGAGUGGUGAGCUCCCCGUCGGACAUCGUCUCCCUGGAUUCCCAGCAGGACAGCGUGAAAUCCAAAGAUAAGUGGGCCACGGACCAGGAAGAUGGCAGUGACCAGGACCUGGCUGGCACCCCGGAGCUGGGCCCCCAGAAGAGCCCCCUGUGGGAGAGGAACAGCUCUGGGAGGUGGCAUUCGAGACCUGAGGAAGCCUCGCCAGCCUCCGGAGGGGACGAAGACCUGUUUAUCACCGGACAGUUCCAGAAAACCCUGGAGGAACUUGAUGAGGACCUGGAAGGACUGGAGGAGGGCGAUGAAGACGGCACCGGCUUGGUGAACGGAGUGUCCGGGUGCUGUACGUCAGAUGCCAGCGUCCCCGACAGCGACGCGGACGCGAUCCCAGUAACGUUCAUAGGCGAGGUCCUGGACGAUCCUGUGGACUCAGGGCUGUUCUCCAAUACAAACAACAAUGCCGGUUCUUUUGACCUGGGCGGCGGGGCCGGCCAGGGAGGCCACCUGCUGCGAAAGGAGGCGGGGAACGACCGGCAGCGGGAGACGAGAGCAGACGUGCCCGACUCGGCAGCUCAUGCCCAUGACCUCGGGAAAGCAAUCAAAGCCGCCUCGCCCAACCCUUGUGAAGACGGAAGCCUGGAUAAAAUGGAGCCCAAGGCGACCUCUGCGGACUUUCCCACGCACAACCCACGUGUAAAGGAGAGCGGUGAGGGGCCCGGCUCUGCUCUCAGUGGGCCGACACAGGCCAGCAAGAGAGCGAGCUCACAGCCAGCGAGGGAAAAGGAAGGGAAGGCUGAGGACAGUGGCUCAGCCCCGCCAUCGUGGUACCGACGGGGCCACAACCCAGGGGGAAGUUACGGGCUGAAAUACGGCCUCACCACGUACAAAAUCGUCCCCCCGAAAUCAGAGAUGAGGUGUUACGACAGAGGAGUAUCGCUGUCAACAGGUGCCAUUAAGAUCGAUGAGCUAGGGAAUCUGGUGAGUCCCCAUGCAAACGGGGGCAGGAGCGUGGCCCCAGCAUCCCCCGCUUUUGACGCGGAAACCCAACCCCUUGGAAAAGUCAAGGAGUUCUGGAGGUCUGGCUCUCUAGAGAAGCCCUCUGGCCAGCCCACGGAGCGCUCAACCAACAGGACCCCGGCUCCCACCACGCCAGUGAAGCCACAGCCUCGGGAAAGCAGACGCGGGGCAGAGCCCACCGUCCCGGACCCCAAGGCGCCAUCGCCCCCGCUGCAGUCUGCCCACCAGGAAGAAAGGAGACGCGAAGAGGAGGGGAGAAGCCGGCCACCCAUGGCGGCCACUCGUCACGUGAACGUGCCAGCAGCCAAUGCCACAGAGGUCCUGUUCCUCAAGCCACAGAGGAGAACAUCCAGUCAGUACGUGGCCUCUGCCAUUGCCAAGCGGAUGGGGCCCCAGAAAGCCCGGGCCGAGGAGACCUGUGAAGGCCCAGCACCAGAGCUGGCUGGACGGCCUCCCGCUGGGAGAGAAGGCCCAGCCCCCAGCCCGCUCCCAGAGACCCGCGUCCAUACUGACCGGCGGGAAGCAUCGGCGGAAGGAGCCCCGCCCCAGGGGCCGGUCGGCAGCCCUGAUGGAAAGCUGUCUGCUCAGGACUGCGCGGCCACCGUCCACAGAAGUCCCUGCAUCCCGCCUGUCACGGCCGCACGCCCCAUUUCUAUGGGACAGAUCUGUAGCUUCAGUGGAAAGCAGAGCCACAGGGCCAGCUCAGCGUCCGUCCCCAAGUGCGCUCUGGACAGCACCGACCCCCCGCCCGCCCGCUCGGGAGAUGAUCCGACUCCUGCCAGGACCCUGGUGAAUGGCUCCAGGUGGGUCCCCGGCCCCAGCAAGCCUCCUCACUCUCCGAGGGGCUCCGGUACCAGCGGCCACGCCGGACUGGAGCCCCUAGGACAGGAGAAGCCCAGCCCGUUGUGCACAGAUGCGCAUGAGGCCAGCGGUGCCCUGCCUCCCAGCAUCUUUGGGCCGAAGAAGAAAUUCCGACCUGUUGUUCAGAGACCGGCACCAAAGGACACCUCCCUGCACAGCGCCCUGAUGGAAGCCAUCCACUCGGCGGGUGGGAAGGACAGGCUUCGCAAGAUUGCAGGGCACACGUCGGAGGGAGGGCCAAGCAAGCUGUCGUGCAGGGAGGCGGAGGGCGAGCGGUCCGCACUGCUGGCGGCCAUCCGAGGCCACAGCGGUGCGCGCAGCCUGCGGAAGGUGUCCUCCUUGGCCUCUGAGGAGCUGCGAAGCUUCCGCGACGCAGAGCUGUCGGCGCGCGGACCCGAGCGGCGGGCGCUGGGCGACCUCGGGGCUCGGCCCCCGGCCGGCCUGCCGCCCCCGCCCCCUCCGGCCUCCCAGGCGCCCUCCGCGCCCGCGUGCGGCCCCAGCGACCCGGCCGAGGCCCGGCAGGCCUUGAUGGACGCCAUCCGCUCGGGCACGGGGGCCGCACGGCUCAGAAAGGUGCCCUUGCUCGUGUAAAUCCUCAAUAAGAUCAGAUCGCGGCAGAAACCCACCUGCGAGCCGUCCACGGUCCCCGCUCAGGGACGCCGCGGGGCAAGGGGCGUCAGGGUUUGGUGGACUCUAGUCUACGGGCCAAACGCACACAGCUGGUUUUCAGUCCUGCAACGUGGUUCCGAGGGAGUGCAAAGCUUCCGCCCUGCUGCACGGCUUAUGUGCCAAGGAAACGUGUUUGCCUCUGAAUAUUUCAAGUUGCCAAUAAACUAUUCUUGUUGGCAGGCUAAUGGGGAUCCCAACACGGGAGCCCAGCACCCCGCUUCAUUGAGGUGACCUUAGACCGAUUCUGGAACUUUGAGAAUUUCCCACAUACGUGGACGGUUACGACCAUUUCGCUGUUUGAAAUCUUUCAGAUUCUAGGGAGAUCCGGAGAAACCGAUAGAAGCAAGCUGAACGUCCUACGCUCUGUGGUGUUUUGGUAGUAAGAAAAGAGCCACAAGGCUUUUUUCAAAGAUGACCGUCGAGCCACAAAACCAUUGGAUUUUUGUCCCUCGAAACUUGGGGGUUAUAACCUCACGGAGGGUAGCAGACCAUGAUCUGACUAACUACGCUUUUAAGAAUCCACUGUUAUCACCCAGAAUAAAAUCCUACUUGAUGUGCAGAAGGGCAGCUCUGAUUCUCCGAGGGUGGCGGUGACCGAGGUCGGGAUGGCAUCGGCGCCCCACCUUGCAGGUGUCCCCAGCGGGCUGUGAAGUAGAACGAGCCUCCCCCGGAGGGCUGUGUAUGGAGCCCGGUGACUUCCGGGGAGCCUUCCAAAACCCUGCAAGGGGCCCAGAGAGGGGACGUUGGGUGUCUGCGUGUCGCCAAGAUUGGAUCAAAAUUGUGCUGGUAUUUCACGGUUUGCGUUCAGUCUGGGUGCUUUCACCCAACAGAUCAGCGGCACCCCUGUAUUGCACGGAAGGCUUCUCGGAGGACGCAGAAUUUCAAUUAUUUAUCAUGAUGUUCAGACACAGCACUUGUCCCUCACAUCUGUCUCUACAGCAGUCUGUUGCAUCCGAAAGAGCUCUUUAAGACAUGAAUAGAAAUCAAGAGGAGUUCGCGAAAUAAAAUCUGUCUUCAUCCAACAACAGAUAUGGCGAGAUCAUCUGAAUGUCUCUCAGCAGAUCCAGGCGUCACGUAGAAUGGAAACUUUACAUUGUCCGUCGCUCACCUUCCCCGGGGAGGGGCAAGAGCGUCACCCAGUCUCUCUUAAGCCACGCUGUCUCCACUAUGUGUCUUUUAGUGCCACAAAUAAAAGAAAAUGACAUUGUA